UUCAGAUCACUUGAUGCAUCUUCACCUUAGGACUCACCCGCUCGCUUCUCAGUAGCCUAGAUAUUUGGCUUUUGCUCAGUAGAUUAUAUUUAAGUUCUAUACAGUUUAUUUUAAAUUAGCUCCUGUCGGCGAAAUUUGAAGUUCAAUGGAUUUUCAAAAGGAGUUCGGAAAACUCCAUGCAGAAAAUGAGGAGAUGAAAAAAAUUAUGCUACAGCUCCUGAUUUUACGGCAGGAGCAGAAUCAGAAAACGAUUUGUACCGCAUGUCCUCAUCUUCUGACCUUGCCCCACGAUCCCACGUGUUGGGGCCCACCCCAGCCCUUGCAUGCCAGUGCGGCACCUGGCCAACGGAAGCUGCUAGCCCCCAUACCCCCUGCAUCCCCCCACCACCAGCUGCAGCGGUCUGUGAGGUCUACGCUGAGACCCCUGAGCGCUCAGCAGGAGUGCCAGGCUCGCAAGGAACUCCUGCAGGAGGUCCUGGAACUCGCUGAGGAGAUCAAACUUGCCAGUCUCAAUGAUGCUAAGGCCUCGGACCAGACAGGCUGCUCUGUGGGCAGCCUCAGUCCUGUGGAUCGCAGGACCCCGCCGGUGCCCCGUACUCUGCCCUUCCUCAAUUCGCCCAUUGCCCCUGCUAUUCCCGCCCCCCCAAAGACAACCAGCCACAGACAGUUCCAGAGUAGACUACCCCGUCUCAAGAACACCAUAUCACUCAAUGGGGUCACUGCUGUGACAGAGCAAAAGUCUGUUGAGUCUCUGGCAGGGAGGCAGGAAGAAACGAGGGAGCAUAAGGAGGUGAAGAAGAGGAAAGUGACUGAGGCGAGGCAUACAAGCAAGACCCAGCCGACCAAGAAUCUGCCAGAGUUGGCCAAACUGCGCCCACUGUCCUGUCCUGAGCAGGCCCUCCUGCAGGCCUUUACGGUGCUCAGCGACGAUGACUGGGGGAAGAAGAUCGAGGCCCUGAUCUCCAUCAGGUCUCUGGCUCAGCACCACGCCAACGUGCUGCUGCCCAGGCUGCAUGAUGUUUGUCUGGCCGUCAAUCAAGAGGUGAAGAACCUGCGCUCAGUGGUGUCCCAUGCUGCCAUGGUGACGCUGGCCCACCUGUUUGCUCACCUGGGGCAUGACAUGGAUGCGGAGGCCGAGGGCGCAGCCCGGACACUGCUGCUGAAGGCUGGAGAGUCCAGCAGCUUCAUGAAGGACAUGGAUCUGGCCCUGGGGUACAUGGUGUAUAACACCAACCCCAUCCGCAGCAUGAACGCUCUCAUCAACGGAGGGCUCAGUCACAAACAUACAGCCGUGAGGAAGAGCACUGCACGGCACCUGGAGAAAGUGACGGAGGUCAUAGGGGCAGCUCGUCUCCUCUCCGGCAAAAACAACCUGACUGCCCGCUUCAUCCAUACUGCCAGCUGCCUGGCCCUUGACAACACACUGGAAGUCAGGAAUCAGGCCCGUAACAUUCUGUCUGUAGUGGCCUCCCAUCCCGACCUCAUCAAGAUGGUGGAAAGGUUCGCCCCUCUGAGUGAUCAAAUCCGCAUGAAGGACUUUAUUAACAAAUGCCAGAAAAGACCUUUGCGUUGAAGUGGACAUCAGAGCCAGGCCGAGACCGCACCCACAGGGUCACAGACACACACACAACACCACCAUGUGUGACAAAACACACAGACACACACACACACACACACACACACACAGACACACACACACAGGGCAGUGCUGUAGAGAUACGCUAAUGCACAUCCUUUUCACACAUAAAAUAAAGAAACAAAA